AAUGGUUGUUUCUAAGUAACCUGAUUUAGCUGCCAUCUGAGUAAAUUUUCCCGCUCCAGAACAAAAUUGUUAUAGUAUUCAAGACUAUCUUCAAAAUCUGAAGUAUAGACACUAUCACUGUACACAAAUGUGAAUUCCAGCAGGCAUGCACUACAUCAUUGGGUAUUGUGAUUUCUUCUUAUUUCACUUAUCCAAAUGAACAAAUGCUUUCAAAAUUUGAAGAAGAGGACAAAGGAAUAACUUAGAUAGCGAUGUCAGAGUCUACAAACAGUAGCCUCCAUCCGAGAACUUCGGAGAUGGAAGCACUGGCCCAACGAGGUUACAUCGUGGGCAGUAAGAUCGGACAGGGUUCAUAUGCCACUGUACACCUUGCAGACUAUCAAGACCACAACUCCGACAAACACCAAAGAUUGGCAUGCAAGAUAUUUGACAAGGAUAGGGCACCUCAGGAUUUCCUUGACAAGUUUUUCCCCAGAGAAUUGGAAAUCCUAACCAAACUCGAAAAUCCUCAUGUAAUACAAGUCCACAGCAUACUACAGAGAGGACCGAGGGUUUUUAUUUUUAUGAGAUAUGCGGAAAACGGGGAUCUGCUAGAUUUUAUUAAGAAAAAUGGAGCCGUCAUUGAACCAAAUGCUAAGGAAUGGUUUCGUCAAAUGGCGAGUGGUUUGCAGUAUUUACAUAGUAAGCAGAUAGCCCACCGAGACAUGAAAUGUGAAAAUGUCCUUCUCUCCAAGAGAUUCAAUGUUAAAUUGGCGGACUUUGGAUUUGCCCGGUAUUGUGUUGACCGGGAUGGACACAGAGUGCUGAGUCAGACUUAUUGUGGUUCUGCUGCUUACGCCGCGCCUGAAGUCGUCAGUGGGACUCCCUACAAUCCCAAGCUGGCUGAUGUCUGGUCCUUGGGUGUCAUUCUUUACAUCAUGUUAAAUGCAUCCAUGCCUUUUGAUGACUCUAAUUUGAAGCAACUUCUAAAAGAUCAGGUGGCAAAAAAGUGGGUCUUCCGACCUAAAGUGCGUGAUGCAUUAUCUGCUGGAGCUAGAGCCAUGGUUAAUAAAAUCCUCGAGCCAGAUCUAACACAAAGAUAUACAUUGGAUUUGAUUCUGUCAAACAGUUGGAUUGAGCCAAGAAACAAUUUGAAAUCCAACUCCACCAUUCCCUCAUGGCCGUCCUUACGCCAUUCCUCUCCCAACCGCCAUCCUAUCACCACCAACGCUCACUACGCCGAUGAAGACAUGUAAAUAAAACAGCAGCAACUCUCAUUUGAUUUAGGAAAUAAAUUUUCUAUAUUGUAACUGUUGUUAUUAUACUUAUAAACUGCACUAAAUCAAUUCAACAA